AUGUCAGAUUUAUUCCAUAAUGCACAUUCUAUUGGUACCUACACUAUAAUAGUUUGUGGUCAAACUUUCAGGUUGACAACUACAGCUCUUUACUCUGAUAGCCCAAACUUUUUCACUGACGUGUUCUCCUCUCAUAUAGAAGAGUCGCGUACAAAGAUAAUGUUUAUUGAUGAUAGAGACCCAGAGAUAUUUAAGGAUAUCGUAAAGCAUUUGCGGGGUUAUUAUGUAACUCCUCGUGACGAGAUUCAUUAUACAGACCUUUUUACCGAUGCAAAUUAUUACAAUUUAUCGAAAUUAAAAACACAAUUACGGUCAAAUUAUAUUGUCAAUGUUGGAGGAAAAGUUUUUCGAGUUGAAAGGGAGAUUUUAGAAAAGCGUGACGCACCAAAUUUCUUUACAUCUUUUGGUUUUGGAUAUGGAUGGGAACCAUCAGGAAUGCCACCAAUCCCUUUGCCACCAUCAAUGCCACCACCUAUACUUGAUCGUGAUCCAGAAUUAUUUUCUGAUAUCUUACGAUACCUUCAAGGUUAUGAGAUUGGGAUUAAAGAUGAAAUUCAUAGACAAAAUUUACUCAAAGAUUCGCGAUUUUAUCAUUUAAAAGGGUUAACUGAAAAGUUAUUGGCAUCUAGUAUGACGGUGAAUGGAUUCGCCAAAGAUGAUAGCGCGAAAAAUGAGAUAUUGUUUCGAUUAAAAGAUAUUAGACAUGCGAGCGUUUUAUUACUAGAGAAUAAUAUUGGUGAUAAUAUGAUAUCAGAAGAAAGCAGCGUUUUUUCCACGGGGUCAUCCACAAGUCACGUCAUGUAUAAAAAUAAAGAAGGGGGCGUUUAUGUGUUAUUGGUUGAGGUACAUAAUGUUCAUCUAAUUUGUAGAUAUGGGGCUCCGUCAUCUCCUAUGACAGCAACAACUACACCCAUUACAAAUCCCACCACACCUAUUCAUUUUUCGAGAAUGUUGCCAUCGCGACCAACUUUGGAGCUGUCCCUAUCCGAUAAGGAUAUGAAAAAACUUAAAAACAUUGCAAAAUCUAUUAAAGCCUCGGAAGAAAUCGUUACAGGCAUUCAUUCACCGGAUACUUGCGCAUUUGAAAUUGAUAGCAAUAAGUGUUCUUUAGAAGCGUUAUCAAAUACCGAAAAGUUAUUACACCUGAUGAAAAGUGAUCAUCAUGGUGGUAGAUAUUUAACGCUUUACGUUACAAAAGCCAUAUUAAGAUUACUCGUUAAGGAUGGAUGUAUUGAAAUGGAAAUGCUUAAAUGUGAAGCCUUUAGUUCAGAGAGAGGAUUUAAUUAUAAAAGAGAAUUUUUACCGGAUGAAAAGAGCAUAGCAUUAUAA